UUAACCACCAACUAAAUAAGUUUGUUAAUAGACACACAAUAAAAGAGCGAUUGCAUAUUAUUGAUAACGAAAAAAAAUACAAUGAAUUGUAAAAUUAAAUCUAUGAAGGUUUUCAAGGUCGGUGACUACGUUUGUAAGAAGGUUAAUAAAUUGUCAAAUUUGGUGGCAUAUGAAGUUUGGUGAAACGAAUUUCAGAACAAUAAUUAGAUCGGAGUCGUUUCUGAUCAAUUGUAAAUAAUUAAGAAUGUAGGAACCACAAUAGACGAAAAUUGCAUUAUUCAGACAGUAGAGGAUGUUUAUGUUUCGAAAAUUGAGCUACAUGAGAACUGAAGAUGAUUUGAAUAAAAAAUUGGUCAAGUCUGAAAAUGUUAUUUGUUUAAAAAAAAUAAAAAUUGUGAUACAGCUUAGCAGAAUAAUGUAUUUAUCAUCUUUGCUUCGAUAAAUUUCUCAUUUGGAAUAUAUAGCAAGAUUAGGUACCUAUACAGAACAAGAAAUUUCCAAAUGGUAUGAGAAAAGGUCAUUUUUGUAAUAGACAUCCUAUUACAAUUAAUCCUCAUUCUGAAAACGGUAAUUUCAGCAUUUAGAAAUCAAAUCUGGUAUAAAAAUCGUUAACUAUUUGCUUCAUUUUUUAUUUUUCAUUUUUUUUAUUAUAUCUUUUUUUAAACUGAUGUUUGAAUCUUUUCUACUCUGGGUGGGAAUCUUGUUAGAAAAUCUGAAAACCACUUUACGAAUACCAAUCCAUUCAUAUCAUGUCAUAGAUGUAUCUAUCCAUAUUUUGGAAUUUGUGACAUUCAUUUAGCCAUGUUUCAUCAAGUUAAUUAGGUAAUUUUUUCUACUGCUACCACUGGCACUAAGGCCCUCAAAGAGCUUGACCUCAUCCACUACUUGCCUCCAAUCAUCACGGUCUAAGGGUCCAUGUUUCCACCUUCACACCUACCUCACGAAGAUCCUCUUUAACAUGAUCUGCUAUCGUUUGGCAUACUAUCAAAGUGACAUAGCAUCUCCUACAUCUCACAAUAUCAUCGAGUUCUAUCAAAAUAUUCUUUCUAUUUCUUUUCAAGUAUCAAAAAAUGUAAUUUUCUUAGUACAUACCAUGAAAUAAAUAAAGGAACUUUCAAUUCAUAUAAAAAUUAGUAUACAGUAAAAGCUCUUUAUUUACGGGGUAUAUGUUCCAAAAAUAUGCCGCGAAUGCAGAAACCGUGAAUACAGAAUGGUAAUUUGUAUAGGAUUAUGAGGGAUAAGUUCCUAGGUAACAAAAUAAAUAAAUAAAUAUAUAAAAAAAUCAAUUUUAUUUAAGUUUUUGAACAUUUUGAUUAAUUAGGCUUAGGCAACGGUUUGAAGAAUUUUGUAAUUUUCUCUUGCUUGGCAGUUUUUAAAAGCUCCUUCGAUUCACACUGAUAUGGAGCAGUCGCUUUAGCAAUUUGCCUCUUAAAAAUAAGGCGUCAUUCCAUAGAUGGAUCAAUGUUCAUAAAGAAAUCGCAAAGCUUAUUUGCCAUUCUUAAACCUUCACUAAGAUUUUUCAAAUUAAAUGUCACGUUUCCAGUGCUUGUUGAAGCCUCUUCUUCAAUAGGCUGUGAAUUUAACAUUAUCUCCAAGUCGGUUUCAGUCAUAGUCAUAGUCAUAGUCAUAGUUUGAACUUGCACAGAUUCUUCAUCAUUUUCCGCAGUCAGAGCAGGUCACACUUUUUUCCAGCAUGACUUAAAUGUGUGUGGCUUCAGUUCUUCCAAUGCAAUGUCAAAUUUCUUCCAGCAUUCCAUAACAUUCAAUAUCAGGAUUACAUUCCAUAUUAUCCAAUAUGAUUCUGAUGUAAUAGAGCUUAAAGACCUGUAUUAUUCCUUGGUCCAUAGGUUAAAGCAAAGCCGUCGUGUUGGGAGGUAAAAAUGACACUUUUAUAUUUAGAUGCAUAGUUUCAAGUUCGCGAGGAUGACCUGGUGCAUUGUCUAAAAGUAGAAGUGCUUUAAAGUCUAAAUUCUGUUUUUUAUAUAAGUUUCAACUUCAGAAACAAAACAAUUCCGGAACCAGUCACAAAAAAUAGCGCUUCUAACCCAUGCUUUCUUAUCAGCACGCUAAAACACUGGCAGGUUGUCCUUGUUUUGAUUUUUUAGAGCCCGAGGAUUAAACGAUCUGUACAGCAUCAGUGGCUUAAUGACACAAUCUUCAGAUACAUUUGAACAUAGCUGCAGUGUAACUCUAUCCUUUGCUGCCUUAAAUCCAGGAGCAGACUUUUCGCUUAAAAAUGAAUGUUUUGUUUGACAUUCUCUUCCAAAACAGUGCAGUUUGGUCUGCAUCAAAUACUUGCUCAGGUUUGUAUCCUCCAUCAGCUACUAGGUUUGCAAAUUCUUCUGGAUAUCUCUGCAGCAAAGCCACUUUUACCAUAGAACGGAACAGCAACAUUUAAAAUAUGUAUAUGUACUUCAUCAUUGAAUAAUAAGGUUGCUUUCAUUCUGUUUAUUUACAUUCUAAAAAACACCGAUUGCGGCGAAGGCGGCAGAUGUCAAAGUCGUCGGCAAUAUUAUUUAAAAACAUACUUUAGGCAAAGUUUUUAUAAGAUCUACUUUACUUUUUUUAUUAAUCCAUUUGACGGCAUUUACAAUGGGUAUUGGGUUGGAUACCUAUUGGAAUCCUUUUAUUAUUAUGUACGUACUUAUAAGAUCCGCGAAUAAGGAACUUUUACUGUAAUUUGUGGCUUACCUAAAAUAUGAUGAAUGAGAAAUGUGUGGUAAAUCUGGGCAUUUUUUUAUUUCCGCUACAAUUUCAUUCAAAGUUGGUAUGUCAUUUAUAAAAAAAAACUAUGAACAAUGUAUUUUCUACUACAGAAUUGCCAAUAUACACGAUACAGAUACACUGGUAUGCUGCGAAAUUUGACACGCCUCGCGCAUGACGUCAGCUGAAUUCAGAAUGUUUUCUUAGCCAUUAAGAUUAGGUUAGAGUUGUAUAGUUCUUCCAAUAUCAAUUGCAGAAGACAGUUAUGCGAGGAACAAUCAAUUUUUCAUAAAUAGGCAUGGCACUCAUACCAAAUUAAGAAAUGAAAAAUGUUUACUCCACGUAUAAAAUUCGGUAAACAUCUAACAAACCGUCAGUCUACGUGGACUCAUCAAUUCCAUUGUUCACCAAUGAAAACAUCAAAUCGUAAACAUAAAUGCAUUUCUAUUGGCCGAAACUAUAUGUACCUUCACAAUUUCUUCCUGGCAGGGACAUGGGCAAACGUAAAUUCUUCAAAAUUACGAAAAAUGUUAUCAGUCUUCAGAACUGAGUAAAGAGAUUGUAGAACUUGCAAAGAAAGUUCUAGCAGCAAACCGCCAAGAAUUUUGGAAACACUGUGUUGAACAUGUUAUCAAAGAAGAAGAUGAGUAUGUGGUAUCACCCUCUUUACAACCCGUCAUAAUUCAAUCAAAUGAUAACUCUACUUCAGACGAUUCUGACUACCAUUAUUAUUUAUAAACAUACUUUGGAAUUGAUAUGUUUUUUAAUUUUCUUUUGCAAAGAAUUAUUUUCCUGUAUGAUUUUUACUUUGAAAUUUCGUCUACCCGAAAAAAAAAAACGUCUGGUACCCUAUUUAAACCAAACUUCUUUACAGGCAGGUACACUUUACUCGUCUAUUUAAGUUUUAUAAUUAAAUAUUCGGGACAAAAAUAUUUACUAUCGACUGUUCGAUUAUCUACUGAGUCAGUUGUUAUUGGUUUAUGCAAAAUAUAUUUGACGUAUAAACAUGCAACUAUAAUAAAGUUUCCAUUAAUACUUGUCUCGAAAAAUGGAAAAAAAUUACUUACUUAAAUCAAAAGCAUAUUAAAACAACUACUUUACUUAUAUGUAUCUCCAUCAGAUUAUUUGAAAAUACAAUUUUUUUAAUUUUAAAUUAGUUACUAGUACAAGCGACCUAACUUAUAGUUAUAAAACUAACCAGAUUGUAUUGUAAGUUUCAAUUUCAAUUCCGUUCACAUUGACAUAAAUGAAGUAUUUCAACGAUUGGUUUAGUAUUUAGUACGUCCGUGGGAGAGUCAUAGACAAACAUGGCUGCCGUUAGUGUGUGUUGAAAUGGUUAUAAGUAAUGAAGUGAUAAAAAGCACCAUUCAAAUCAAGGCAAAGGUGCUAAUGGUAUUUUCACUUGAGUGAAAUGAGUGUGGGAGCCAUGCAAGGAGCUUCAGGUGAAAGCCGUUUACGGCAAUUGGAAAUGUUGUUUCUGGGGGGCCCCGUAGUGGCGAAAGAUCAAAGUUUCAGUAUUGAAACCCUUAUAGAUAUUUUAAUUGUUCUUUACGACGAAUGUUGCAACUCAAGCUUAAGGAAAGAGAAAACAGUUUCGGAUUUUAUUGAAUUCGUUAAGCCUGUAGCCACUUCAGUCAAAUCCUUGAGGUUAACCCGCGACGAUUUCGAAAUAAUAAAGGUGAUAGGUAGAGGUGCUUUUGGAGAAGUAUGUGUAGUGAAAUUUAAGUAUACCGAAAAAGUAUUCGCGAUGAAAAUUCUAAACAAGUGGGAGAUGCUCAAGAGGGCUGAAACUGCAUGUUUCAAAGAAGAACGUGAUGUUUUAGUUUAUGGAGAUAGAAGAUGGAUAACUCAUCUGCACUACGCAUUUCAGGACGAAUCUAAUUUAUAUCUUGUUAUGGAUUAUUACUGUGGGGGUGAUUUGUUAACGUUAUUAAGUAAAUUUGAAGAUCGUCUUCCAGAGGAAAUGGCUAGGUUUUAUAUAGCCGAAAUGGUCUUAGCCAUUGACUCCAUACAUAACCUCAAAUAUGUACACAGGGAUAUCAAACCUGACAAUGUCUUAUUAGACGCUAAUGGUCACAUUAGAUUAGCUGAUUUCGGAAGUUGUUUAAAGCUAAAUCAAGACGGAUCUGUGCAGUCAAAUGUAGCAGUAGGGACACCUGAUUAUAUAUCACCUGAAAUCCUCAGGGCGAUGGAAGAUGGACAAGGGAGGUAUGGACCGGAAUGUGAUUGGUGGUCAUUAGGUGUAUGUAUGUAUGAAAUGUUAUUUGGCGAAACGCCGUUUUAUGCAGAAAGUUUGGUCGAAACUUAUGGAAAAAUUAUGAAUCAUAAGAAUUGUUUUGAUUUUCCAACGGAUGUAGAAGUAACGGACGCUGCCAAAGAUUUGAUUAAAAAGUUGAUCUGUAGCCAAGAAUUUCGCUUGGGGCAACAUGGUAUUGAAGAUUUUAAGAAUCAUCCUUGGUUUGAAAAUUUGGACUGGGAUGGCAUUAGAGAUAGCACAGCCCCCUAUAUACCUGAAGUUUCUAGUCCUACUGAUACUUCAAAUUUUGAUGUUGAUGAUGCAGAUAUUCGAUUGUCAGAUGUGUUACCACCGACAGCGAAUAAUGCUUUUACUGGUUUACAUCUCCCGUUCAUUGGAUUUUCGUUUACACAAGGAAGCUACCUUUGCGAUUUAAGUAAUUUGGCGGUGUAUGUUGAGACAAAUUUAAUGGAUAAACACAAUCAACGAAAUAAAAGUGAUAUGAUGGCUACGGCCACAAACCAAGAAAAGGAAAUAGAAAAGAAAAUGUCUCCAGAUAGUACAAGACGGCUGCAAGAUGAAAUUAAUACGCUAACAAAGAGAAAUUGUGAAUUGGAAUCUCAAUUAAGAAGUUUAGAAACGACUAAUUCUAAGGAAUUGCAUAUAGAUUCGUUAGACGGUGCUGAUAAUGCAGUGAAACAUAAGGAGUUGGAGAAACUCGUUAGGAUGCUGAAACAAGAAAAAGAUGAAAUAUUGAAAGACAAACAAGAUCUUCAUGAAAAAUUGAAAUUUCAGGAUAUAGAACUAAAGGAUGCAUUGGCACAAAAAAAAUUGGCCAUGACUGAAUACGCAGAGGUUUCAGACAAAUUAGCAGAACUUAGACAACAGAAACAAAAAUUAUCGAGACAGGUUAGGGACAAAGAAGAAGAAUUGGAAACGGUAAUGCAGAAGGUAGAUUCCCUACGAAACGAUAUAAGACGUGCAGAAAAGUUGCGAAGAGAACUCGAAUCUAGAGUUGAAGAAUCUCAAGCUGAAGCAAUUAAAGAAAGGAAACUUCGUGAACGGUCUGAAGAAUAUUGUAGACAAAUGCAAGCAGAAUCUGAUCGACUUAGAGUAAGAAGUGAACAUGGUCCCAGGGAUCAACAAGAUUCAUUGAGGCUAAAGACGGAAUUGGAAAAAUUAGAGGUCCAAUAUAACGAAACUUUGACUCAACAGCAAGCAAGAUAUAACAUGGAAUUAUCAUCUCUUAGGGAUCAACUUCACGAGGCUGAAACUCAUAGAGAACUAUUAGAAAGAGAAGUUCAUAUUCUUAAAGAAAAACUGGAGAAAUCCAGAACAGAAGCAUUAGCAGAUUCAGAUCAAUUGAUUGCUGAUCUAAAAAGCAAGCAUGAUAGGGAAAAAUACAUUCUCUCAGAAGAAAACAAAAAUAUUUCUUCAAAUGUAAAUUUCCUUACGGAAUCCAUGAAUCGUCUUCAAACAGAAAAGAACAAUUUAGAAUCGGAAUAUGAACAACUGAGAAGCAAACAAGAAGCUCUGGGUCAGUGGGAAUCUCAGCUAUCUGAAAUUAUUCAGUGGGUUAGCGAUGAAAAAGAUGCUAGAGCAUAUCUUCAAGCUCUAGCAACCAAAAUGACUGAAGAACUGGAUUAUCUUAAACACGCUGGCGUAUCCACUGUUGUCUCUGGGGCAGAUAAAAAUUGGAGGAAUCGAAGAUCUCAAAAAUUGGAUAAAAUGGAACUUUUAAACCUGCAAAGUUCUUUACAAAGUGAAAUUCAAGCGAAACAAGCAAUUAGUGAAGAUUUGAGUAAAACUCGAGAGGCCUUAUUAGCUGCUCAAAAGGAACUUAGAGAAUGUAGACAACGAAAUGAGGCCUUGAAUGUAGAUUUAAAACGAAAAGAAAAACAACUUAAAGAAUAUCAAAAUCGCAUAGAUCCUGAAGGAUUUUUAGAACGACCUUCUUCUCAAAUGUCAUAUCUGGAUCAUUUUUUAAAAGAAAGCAAUUCAUCGUUACAACAGGUGAAUGCAUAUGAUAACGUACCCAUUCAAAGUUUAUUCAAGGGUGGAUCAAUUGAAUCAGAAGAGGGUGAUAUUGAAGACAACAGGGCGUUAAGCAUGACAAGCUCCAAGAGUAAUUUAUCAGAACUUAGUAUGCAUGAAUCUCAAUCUCAGUCUCCUUUGAAACACAAAGCUCAUCAAUUUUUGGUAAGAACGUUUUCUAGUCCUACAAAAUGUAGUCAUUGUACUUCAUUGAUGGUUGGUCUGAUGAGACAAGGAAUGGUGUGUGAAAUAUGUGGUUUCACCUGUCAUACAUCAUGCUGUCAACAUGUUCCUGCAGUAUGUCCUGUACCUCCAGAUCAAACAAAAAGGCCACUUGGAAUCGAUCCCACAAGAGGUAUAGGAACUGCUUAUGAAGGUUAUGUUAAGGUUCCAAAACAAGGGGGUGUAAAAAAAGGUUGGAUCAGACAAUUUGUCGUUGUUUGUGAUUUCAAACUAUUUUUAUAUGAUAUAUCCGCAGAUCGUAAUGCUUUACCUAGUGUUCAUGUAGCUCAAGUCUUGGAUAUGCGAGAUACUCAAUUUAGCGUAUCUAGCGUUAAAGAUUUAGAUGUUAUACAUGCAAAUAAAAAGGAUAUUCCAUGCAUUUUUAAGAUAACAACUUCAUUGAUGGAACCUCCGGGGCCUCGAAAUUCAACAUUAAUGCUUGCGGAUACAGAAGCAGAAAAAAAUAAAUGGGUAGUAGCUUUAGCAGAGCUCCACCGUAUAAUGAAAAGAAAUAAUCUCCCAAACACUACAGUUCUUGUCGCUAGAGAACUUAUAGACACAUCUCUUACUUUAUUGAGAAAUGCAUUAACUGGUGCAAUUAUAGAUCCUGACAGAAUAGUUUUAGGUACUGAGGAUGGUAUGUACUGCAUAGAUUUAGAUAGGACUGAAGUUGCAAAGAUAGGAGAAGGAAAGAAAAUUUUUCAGUUAGAAUAUAUAAGUGAAGAACAUCUACUAGUAGUUGUAAGUGGAAAACAAAGACAAGUAAGGUUAGUUCCCAUACGCGCUCUGGAUGGUGAUGAAGUUGAAUGGAUUAAAGUUACUGAAAGUAAAGGAUGUUCAGUUCUUACAGUGGGACCAGUACUAAGAGCCCCACUCACAUUUUGCCUUUGUGUGUCAAUUAAAAAACAGCAAAAUUCUUCUGUAAUUAUAAUUUAUGAAAUUACCCGUACUAAAACCAGACAUCAACGUGUUAGAGAAAUAGGAUUACCAGUUAGUGUACAAUCUCUCCAAUUAUUAUCUGAUGGUCGUCUCUGUGUGGGGUCACCUUCAUGUUUUACAGUGUACAAUAUUGAAAGUGGAGACCAACAAUUAAUAUCCCUACUACAUCCAGAUAAUCCAUUAUAUUCAACUUUGAUGUGUAGCUCAGUGGAAGCUGUGAGGGUGAUAGAAUUACCACGCCACGAAUAUUUAUUAGUAUUUGGAACUCUAGCUGCAUUUGUAGAUAGGCUUGGUAGAAAAUCGAGAGAUAGAGAAAUUAUGUAUCCAGCAGUACCUGUGGCAAUAGCUUACAGGGAUGGCCAUUUGGUUGUUUAUAGUGAAACUCACAUAGACAUCUUUAACUGUGCUACAGGUGAAUGGGUUCAAACAUUAAAUAUUAAGAAAGCAAAACCAUUGAAUGAUAGUGGAAGCUUGACUUUAUGUUUUCUAAACGAUUUAGCGCAUUUACUUUAUUUGUCGAACAUUCAUCAAAGAGAAUUAAUAAAUAUUGAUAAUAUAGUGACUGUGGAUAGAGAUGGAAGAACUAUCCAUAAAACGAGAAGAAGGUUCUCGUUACGAGAAACCAACAGAACACAACGAAUGAAUACAGAUAGAAGAUCCAAACUUAUAUCAGCUCCAACAAAUUUCAAUCAUAUCAGUCAUAUGGGACCUGGAGAUGGAAUCCAGCGACAGAGGUUAAUAGACUUGACGCCUACACGUACAGAUCAAUUAUCCGAAAACAAUCCAUUUAGUACUGCAACCACACCCCCUCAAAGGAUACCAACUAAAGCAGCCCCAUUACCUCCCAAACAUGGUGAAAGGAAGAGGCCAGAGAUUUCUAAUCCAACUCCUAUUAGACCGUCCUUUCCCGCAUAUAAUGGAGCUAAACGAGCUGCACCUCCACGACCAAGAGAACUUCCACCAGCAUUACCAAAAUCAUCUGAUAAAACACCAUCUCCUGAUCCUGUCAGUAUCGGUAGCAUGUCAUCUUUACACGAAAUGAUCAAGGUAACGGAUAAUAGAGGAAGUCCGCGACAUUCAAUAGCGAGCAAUAAUAGUUCCAAUUUAUCAACUCCACCCUCUCCUCACGCAGAUCACCAUAACAGUUCAAGUUACGAUAGCUAAAUUAAGAAUUUUUUAUAUAUAUAUAUAUAUAUAUAUAUAUAUAUAUAUAUAUAUAUAUAUAUAUAUAUAUAUAUAUAUAUAUAUAUAUAUUGUUCACUUGAAAAUUAAGACUUCAUUUUAAAUAUAUAUUAUAAGAUAAAAUUUUUUAUAAAGUCUUUGUUCAAAUAUGUGAAUUAUUCAAAAUGUUUCUCUGGCUUUAUUUUGGCACUCAUUUAAAAACUAUUGAUUCAAUUUUUAAACUAGAUUUGUAGACAUGAUUAGUUACCUCAAAGAAUUUCAAGUUAUUAUCAAAAUGUAUAUUUGUUUUUUUAAAUGAAAUGGUACUGUACUUAUUUUCAUGUAAAUUUUUUGUUCAUAAUUAUAGUAAAACACCAAUGUAAAAUACCAGUCAAUUAAUCGUUGUAAAAUUUUGUUUUUUUAUUCUAGUAACUCCUCAAUAUAUUUAGUUUUAAACAAAGCACAAUUAUUCAAAUAUUGUAACAUUGUGCAUUUUGAUUUUUAUAUAUUUUAUAUUUAUAUUUAUUUAUUUGUCUUUAUUUUUAAUACAUUCACUAAUAUUUAAUAGUGAUAUUAACAAUUCAAUAGUCAUAGAAAAAAUUAAUUAAGAUAUCUUUAUAUUUAUUAUGUAAUUGCAAUUUAGUACAACUUAUUAUUAAGAUAAACAGACAGAGACAAUAUAGUAUUUGUAACGAGUGACUAUGAACUGUAACCAAAUUACACUAAUUAAAUUUUAGUCACUUUGCAAAUACAUUAGUUCAAAUGAUGAAAUUUUUAUGGUCCAUAUUGAAUUUAUUGUAAUUUUUUUUCUGAGUAAAAUCCCUCUCUUUUACUAGCUCAUCAUCCAGAUUUAACACAAAUGGACAAAUCUCUUACAAUAUUUCAAUAAAAGAAUUAACUGCUAUUAAUGUUUUUAUAUUAA